AUGCAGCUGAGCGGCCCGGGCCGGGAGGCCGGCAUGGAGGGCGCGGCGGGUGACCCGUACCGGCGACCCGCGCGGCGCACCCAGUGGCUGCUGAGCGCCCUGGCGCACCACUACGGGCUGGACCGCGGCGUGGAGAACGAGAUCGUGGUGCUGGCCACCGGCCUGGACCAGUACCUGCAAGAGGUCUUCCACCACCUGGACUGCCGCGGCGCCGGCCGCCUGCCCCGCGCUGACUUCCGCGCUCUCUGCGCCGUGCUGGGGCUGCGCGCCGAGGGGGCCGCCGCCGGGGAGGCCUCCGGGGAUGCGGCCGCCCGAGACACGAACCCGGGGGAUGCGACCGCUGGCGACACGGCCGCUGGGGUGGCCAUCGACGGGGACGCGGAUGCCGAAGAGGAGGCGCGCCUGGCGCUGCGUGCGGAGCCGCCCGAGCUCACCUUCCGCCAGUUCCACGCGCGCCUCUGCGGCUACUUCGGCACCCGCGCAGGGCCCCGGCUGCCCCGCGGCGCUCUAAGCGAGCACAUCGAGACGCAGAUCCGCCUGCGCCGCCCGCGCCGCCGCCGCCGUCCGCCCCGCACGCCCGCCCCGGACGGCGGCCCCGACGGCGGCCGGGACGGCGAGCGCCUGGCGCGGUUGGAGGAGGAGAACAGCAGCCUGCGCGAGCUGGUGGAGGACCUGCGUGCCGCGCUGCAGAGCAGUGACGCGCGCUGUCUAGCGCUGCAGGUCGGCCUCUGGAAGAGCCAGGCGGGCGCGCAGGAGGCGGGGCGCGGCGGGCCCGAGGCGGCGGCGCGGGAGCUGCGGCAGGUGAUGCACUCUGGCCCGGCAUUGCAGGCCGUCACACCACCCCUGUGUAAGGGUGCCAUUCUGUGGGCAGCCAGGAAGUUGUCCCUAGUGGGUGGGCCCAUCCACAUAAGAACGUGCUGCCUACCCACAAGGAAACACUGGAAGAAGAGACCAGUGCCCGGGUGGAGGCCUGCCAUGCCUUGCUGCUCCAGAGCCAGGAUUCUGACAUCGCCUGGCCUCGAGUUUUGGGUGGUAGAGAUGGCUUCUGCCUGA